UCCUCCUCGGAUCGAUCCUUCUUCUCAAAGUCCAAAUACCCCACCACCGGCUCGUCCACUGUCGUCACCACGCGCGUGGUAGCCGUCCCGCGUUCUUCAGACCCCCGUGCAGGUGCUCCGGCAAUCAAGGUCACCACUGCUCGCCCUACCCCUUCAUCCUCCACAAAGCCCUUGCAAGAUGGUGAUGUCCUCAAGAGAAAGAAUGAAGAAACCCUCUUGCAUACGGUACACAAGAAACGACGCGUGACACCCGAGUCCUCACGCGGGGAGAGCCCGAGGGAAUCCCAGCCCCGGGCGCGUGCAUCCAGUGCUGCAUCUUCAUCCAGAAUGUCUUCCUCGAGUCGACAAACCUCCGCUGCGCCUUCGCCACUCGCGAACGAGAUGCUGUCUACCCCAAGUACGCGGGCCACGUCCGUGGCCAGUCCAGCUCCACCCCCUAACGCCGCACGCGACUGCUGGAUUGACGGGGAUGGGAAACCAGGCCCGGGGUUCUUGAGUUCGGAGUCUGUAGUGCAGAGUCUCAUGAAGGGCUACAAGGCUUAUUUCUCAAAUCCUCUCAACCCGGAUGACCUGUCGUUCGACCCUCAUCCUACUUUAUACCCCUACGCCACACUGGAAUAUCCGAAUACCGGCGCUAGCGAGAGAUUUAUUCUGCUUGCUCCGAAGGACAAGGAUCACUACAACCCCAUCAUGUGUUUAGAGAGUAGCUUGCAUGUAAUCAUAGAAUAUUAUCUGACCCCUGCACAGCGUACACUCUUCGGCACACUCCCUACAAAGGACCUUUCCGAUGAAGACCUGUACGAAUCCGAAUUCCCGCCCCCCGCCUCUCAUGCGCCGUCUCCUCCAACAUCUAUACCCUCUCCCUCAUCGGAUUCAUCUGCAACUACCUCCUCUUCUCAAUCAUCGCAGUGCUCGUUCAGCUCGUUCUCGUCAGACUCUUCGGCCUCAUCUCUGUCGUCGCUAUCUUGCAUCUCUGCUCUCUCCUCAUACGCUACACGGCGCACACCAUCCAGCUCCCCAAGUGUGGACUACCUUCGCCUCUUGCAGCGCGCAAUACACAAACACGAUGGACCCUUGUUCCUCAAAGUCAUGGACGCAAUUAACGCGCUACUGGCCCUUUUCAAGUACCCGCCACUCCCCGACGAUCCGUGGGAGCCCGCGCCCCCAAACCAGCUUCGCAGUGCGGUCAUCUCGUGGACGGAGAUGCCACAAGACGUCGUGCAACGCGUAAUCGACGAGACGUACCAGCGCGCGGUCGGACCGCACGUACACAAACUCACCCGCUACGAGGCGUUCUCGUCCGAGGUGUACGGCGAACUAAUGCCAACGUUCGUGUCUGACAUCGUGCACGCGACGGGUCUCCGCGAGGGCAUGCUCUUCCUCGACCUCGGCGCGGGCGUCGGGAAUGUCGUGCUCCAGGCGGCGCUUGAGACGGGGUGCAGAGCGUACGGCGUCGAGAUCAUGCCGGAGCCCGCGAAGAUCGCGCGCAGCCAGGUCGAGCAGUCCAAGAUGCGCUGCAACAUGUGGGGCGUGCGCAUGGGCGAGGUCGAGUUGGAGGAAGGGGACAUGCUCAAGAGCGAGAAGGUGGACCGGCUCGUAAAGGAGGCGGAUGUCGUUCUUGUGAACAACAAGGUCUUCCUCGAACCCCUCAACGAGGCUCUCAAGCAGAAGUUCCUCGAUCUGAAGGAGGGCGCAAUCGUCGUGUCCCUCAAGUGCCUGAUGGGCUCUGGGCGGACCACUGCGCGCAACGGUAUCACCCGCGAACGCAGCGCGUCUCCCGCCUUGAAGGAGCGCAACCUUAACGACAUCAGCGAACUCUUCACGGUCACGUCGCGGCCCUACUACCCUGGGAGCGUGUCCUGGGGCGGCGGCGCCGGGGAGUAUUUCCUGCAGCGCAUGAACCGCAAGGACUACGCACGCCGCUAUGCGCAGGUCGCAAAGGCGCGAGAGGGAGUCGGGCGGAGCACCCGCUCACGCAGAUAGUGCCCCAGUCUGAAGCCCGGGCUCGCCACGAUGCGGUGCCCGGUAACAUCUUGGCCGCGCAAACACUGGAUGAUCAUACUGGACCUCAAUACCCGGAAUGCUUUGGACCUGGAAGAGAGACGCUUCCACCACAGCUACGUCGGAUGGUGCGCUGGUGACGGUACGGACCGUGGUCGAACUCGCUUUAUAUACUCACUCGCCGUCGUGCUCUCAAACUCAAGUCUCC